AUGGGACCGGGCCUAGGAUCUGGAGCUGCUGCUGCUGCAGCGGCCCGAGUACAGCGACGCUUUACGUCCGGUCCACCACCACCCCCAUACACACCCCCUCCCUCCCUCCACCGCCGCCACCCCCCUCCCCGCCCGCUCCGCUCUCCCUCUCUCGAUUGGAGCCGAGACAAAAGCAACGGGGAGCGGUGGGCCGGGACGCUACCGGCGGACCCUGGGCGCGACCGGACCGGCCCCGGGGCAUUCCCCCGCCUUGCGGGGGCCCCGAAUCUGCCGCCCCCGCCGCGCGCCCCGCUGCCAGACUUCCGAAAAUUUACCAAAAACUCACCGCAUGAAUUUUCUUGUCCCGCGGAUCCAAGAUGGCGACGUAUCCACCGCGGAGGCUGCUGGGAGCAAGACCUUUACCCUCUGACCGCCGCCGUGACCCCCGUCGCUCCGGCUUCCCUCCAGGCGGCAGCGGAAGGUGGGAGCGACGACUGCAAAACGGCAGCGAUGGGCUCCCGCAACCUCCGGAGCUUGUGCGCGUACUUCAGGGACCGGCACCACGUCACCGUCACCUCCUGAGUAGUGAGUUCCCCUCUGAUGAAACCACUGGUGUAUUUACUCACCAUCCCCACCAUUUUUUUCCCCCCAACCUGAUGGAAGGAAGUACAUAAUGGAGAGCAAGUUUUUAAAGCACGGUCGUGUCGUGUGAACUUGCUCUAGCCAAAUUAGGUUUAUAGCACUUUUUUUGGCUCUCAUUACCUCCAGUCCCCACAUAAACAAGAGUGACCAGCUGGGUCAUCCGCAAGACCGUUUGAAAUUAUUGUGGCUUGGGUGGAAACUUAAAGGAGUGAAGUAUCUGCUUUCCAGAAAAAUCGUUGUCGUUCAAAGUGAAAUUAAACUUGUUUUCUUUGCAAUAAUUCGCCUUUAUUUCCUUGUAUAUCUGUAAACUCUUCACUUUUUUGUAAUUACUAGACAAUUCGGACUUAAAAAGAGCCUCAGCAUGUGUAUUUUGGAAUUGUGUAGCUUCAUAAUGUGAAAAUUAUUCUUUUCUAUUUGAGUAAUUGAAGUACAGUUAAUUUGAAGUAAAUAAAAUUUCUAUUUCCA